AUGGGUCUUUUCAACAGCGGUUCUAGUAACCAUACGUGUCCAACACCCACGGACUUUGUGAAGGACGCCACUGAGCCGAUAUUUGGCAACUGGACAUUCUACAAAUUCAACAUGGCUCUGUCGGGUUCAUGCGCCGCGUUUUCGACUAUAUCGAUAUUGAUACUCAUGGCAAGACAUGCGACUCAUUAUAGCAAGCCAAAUGAGCAGAGCAAAAUUUUGAAAAUCUGUUCACUCAUCCCGAUAUACUCCAUCAUAUCUUUCGUCACUAUUGCAGAGCCGAACUCGUUCGUUUACCUGGAUCCAUGGCUCGAGCUAUUCCAAGCCUGGGCACUUGGGAACUUCUUUUUACUUCUCUGCGAGUUUGUGUCCCCAAGCACCCAGUAUCGCGAUGUAUUUUUCGCCGCACUGGAGGUACCCAAGAGCCGCAGAACAAAAGGACAAUCGCAGGAUGGCUUAGAAUGGUACAGAAAAAAGUGGUUUGCGAUUUUUCAAUUUGUCAUCGUUGCCAUACUUGUCGCCAUUAUCACAGAUAUCACACAGGCUGCAAAUAUGUACUGCCUGACCAGCAACAAGGCCUAUUUUGCACACCUCUGGUGUUCUAUCGUGAUUAGUAUCUCAAUUGCGGUUGCGGUUAUCGCGGUCCUCAAGUUCUUCACAGCACUAAAGAAGGACCUCAAACACCACAAGCCAAUGGCGAAGUUUCUUGCAUUCAAGUUAAUCAUCUUCCUUACCUUCUUGCAAAAGAUUGUUAUCAUGAUCCUCCAUUCAACCGAUGUGCUCAAGGAGACAUCCAAACUCAGCUUCGCGGAUGUCAACAUGGGUAUUGAGACCAUGCUAGUCUGCAUUGAGAUGGUCCCCUUCGCCAUUUUCUUUCACUAUGCAUAUGACGUGGCGGCCUACGACGUCUCGAAGCCACGACCAUUGCCUCUGUCCGACAUCACAUCCCGCAGUAGUGCAGACUGCGAAGCGUAUUCAGGACUUGUGAACUCCACCCAACAGUCUGGCUUUGGAAAAGACAAUCGUUACAAUGCCGAUGCAGGAGCAUACCAUGGUGGCCCACUAGGUGUCAAAGCCUGGGCAAGUCUUCUGGACCCGAGGGAGAUCAUCCAUGCUAUCUUGUUCUCCUUCGUCAUGCGGAGUGAAGCAAAGAAGAGGAAUGGCAACGUCCUAGCUAUGGGACCUAUGCCUCCUGCUUACGACCCCAGGGCCCGCCGGUGA